AUGGGUCAAAUAAAAAGACUCCAAAAAAAUUUUUCGAUUACACAAAUAAGGCCCACACCAACAACACCCACAACAACACCAACCACUAUCUUCCAUUUGAUAGUUUGUGGUUUGCACUCUGAAAAUUUUGAUGAUAAUAACACUGAGAAAUCUGCAUAA